GCAUCGUCGUCAUUUAUAUUGUGUUGAAGAGUGUAUCACUUUGAGCUCCAGCAGAAACCGAAACAAGGAACAGGGGGAGGCUGUGUUGAGAGAGAGAGAGAGAGAGAGAGAGAGAGAGAAGAGAAGAAGGAAAAAGAUGUGCUGCGAUGGAGAUUGCAGGCCGCUGGGGUUCCUACUGGGACUCCCCUUCGCCUUCCUCGCCCUCAUCAUCUCCAUUGUCGGCGUCAUCGUCUGGAUUGUCGGAUUGUUGUUGACGAUAAUAUGCCCGUGUUGCCUGUGCGUAACGAUUAUAGUGGAGCUAGCUCUGGAGCUGAUUAAGGCGCCUAUACAUGUCAUGGAGUGGUUCACUGAUCAGAUCCCCUGUUAAUCCCUUCUUCUAAAGCUUCAAUAUUUAUCAGUCAUGUCUGUGUGUAUUCUUACCCUGUAGAACCUGGAAAAUCUCUUCUUCUGAUUUACAUGAUUAUUAGUGUAUUACAUCGAAAGACAGAUGGAAGAUUUAUGGGGUUUCAUGAUUGUAUUUUUUAGUGGUGGACUUGAUGAUUAUGAUCAUAUUAUAUACACAUGAUGAAUGAUGA